AUGCGGGAAAAGAUUCAAAAACAACUUGAAAAGGCCAAGUCUGCGCACAAGGCGUACUAUGAUUCCAAACACAGUGCAAAACGCUUCCAUGUGGGUGACUGGGUGCUUCUUAAUGCGAAAAACUUCCGCAUGCUCCUCCCCGCUAGGAAAUUGGACCAUAAAUAUGUUGACCAUUUUCAAUUUAUUGAAUCAUGGAAUACACAGGCAUAUAAACUCUCUCUUCCGCGCUCAAUGCGUGAUAUCUACCCCGUCUUUCAUAUCUCACUUCUUGAACAGUAUAAUAUCAGAGAUUACGUGUCAGGUUCUGGCAAUGAUCCGUAUAUUCGCUUAGUCGCCUAUCGCCCAAUAUCCACCAAAAAACGCGCGUUUACCACCAAAAUGGCAGAGGAGCAGACAGUUACGAGAAUGACUGUCACCUUGCAGACUCCCAGGGAUUGGGAACUUUUGUACAAAUAUGUAAAGGACGCAGCCCGCCAACGGAAGGUACUGGACUGGACUUUAUCAACAUUAAAAAGACGGCAAGAUUCAGCGAAGUCCCAGAACCAAAAGCACUGA